ACAAUGUCCCCGGCCGAAUGCAUCCCAAACCGGUAAAGUAAUCCUUAUAUAGCACCGGUACCAGUUAAUCCAAGUCCAACGAGAGAGACACAUGCAUCCUCAAGGCGAUGUCAGACAUAUAUUUUAUUUUUGGUCGAACAUAGAAUUAGCAAAAUCGAUUACUCAUACUAUUUUUCAAUAGUAUUAAUAUGUGGCUAUCUAGUUGCUAUAGCGUCCUCAGUAAGAACCUGCCGACAAUAUAGAAUGGUGAGCUAAACUACAACCUUGAUUUCAGCCGUUUAUUAAGACUCAAGACUUAAUAAUCUUAUAAUAUAGACUGCACUGUACGUAUUCUAGUUUUUGCUUCUUUGGCUUCUUCAUCUUCAUGUUUUCCGGUGAGAAAAAACCUCCAAUCCUUCUCCGGUUCAGCUCUUCCCUUCUUCUCUUUCUAUCAGCUGCUUUCCUCAUCUUUUGGUUCCCAUCGUCUCCCGACACUCUUAUCCAACAAAAACAUGAUCAUGACCACAUUCAACAUCAUGAUUCUCCUCAUGUUAAUCAAAAUCGAAACCAGAACAAUAACAACAGCAACAGCAACAGCAGCAGCAGCAAAAACGACGACGUUCUCACAGCCCCAACCAAACCAUACGUCACAGUUCCGAAGUGCAACCAACAAGUCUCCGUCUACGUAUACACAUUGCCGGCGAAGUUCAACCUCGGACUCCUUCACAACUGCCACGACCUCAACUUUCGUACCGACAUGUGCCCCCAUGUAGCUAACUCCGGACUCGGCCAGCCACUUGCGACUAUAGGCUCCACGUUAGAAACCAACAACAGCAAUAGCUGGUACGCCACCAACCAGUUCGCGGCGGAGAUGAUCUUCCACGCGCGGCUCCUCAACCACCCCUGCCGCACGUACGACCCCGCGCGUGCCACUCUCUUCUACGUACCCUACUACGGCGGCCUUCACGUCUCGAGCAAGUUCCGGGAACGGAACCAAACCGCGCGCGACGAGCUCGACGUCGGCUUGGUCGACUAUCUACAAUUCCAACCCACGUGGCAGAAACAAAAGGGAAAAGACCACUUUAUGGCCCUAGGGCGCGUCGUACGUGAUUUCAAGUCGUCGUGGGUUGGAGCCGGCCGACUCCUUAAACUCGCCGGAGUCGAAAACAUGUCGGUUCUGAUCAUCGAGAGAAACCCUUUCAACGGCUCGAACCAACAUGGCAUACCAUACCCUUCGUACUUCCACCCCUCCACUUGGCACGACAUGUCCACGUGGCAGACUAAGAUGAGAGAAACUCACCGGCGCCACUUGUUCUCUUUCAUCGGAGCGAAGAGAAGGAAGGCGGCGAUCCGGAACAAGUUCAUAAAGCAAUGCGGCGAGUCAACUCGGUGCAUGUUAUUGAAUUGUCGUGGGGGUAACGACGAAGCUAGAAAAUGCCAAGAGCCGAGUGAGGUGUUGAAGGUGAUGAGUGAAUCGGUAUUUUGUUUACAAGCCCCCGGCGACACGUUCACGCGGCGGUCAACGUUUGACUCGGUGCUGGCCGGUUGCAUUCCGGUGUUCUUUUCGCCGCACACGGCGUACAGUCAGUAUCAGUGGUACUUGCCGGAGGAAAGAAGCGAGUAUUCUGUGUAUAUAGAUCAGAGAAGUAAAGCGAGGAAGAGAAUAGAAGAUGAGCUGUUGAAGAUUCCGAGCGAGAAGGUCAAGAGGAUGAGGGAGAAGAUCAUAGGUUUGAUACCGAGUUUGACGUAUGCUAACCCGAAUGCGAGUGAUUUUGGGUUUGAAGAUGCUGUUGAUGUUGCGCUUGCAUCAUUGGCCAAGAAGGUCAAGAAAUUUGUUGAUUGAUUUUGAUUUUGGGAGGUGCUAACU